CCAAAAAACCUCACAAGUAUCAAAAUCCUGAAUAUCAAAGAGAUCGUGAAUCAAUUAAACACUUUGAUUGUAGUGGAACACUUAGAAUUUCUAUAAAUAUGAUAGAUAAUUAUGCAUCUAUUUACCUUAAACAUAAGAUCCUUCACAAACAACCUGAAAGAAAUAGAGUUACAGAAGAAAUCAAAAAUAAAAUUAAAGCCAAUCUUUAUUUAAUGCCAAACAACAUUUAUAGAAGAUUAGAGUAUAAUUAUUCUGAAAUAACACAAAAGCAAAUUUAUGCAUAG